CUGAAGGUUUAACACUUGGUGCGGAUAGCGUCAACACGUUCUCAACACUAGUGGUAGGUCACUGGACUGGGUUGUUCGACGCACACUCUUCAAUAGAACGGUUUCACAUCACACAAACGCAACAUACUUUUGUGGAAGGAGAGAAAUUAGAAUUUUUGCUUGAGAAAUUGCGUUUUCGUCUUAUAGUAAACAAUUGGUUAUUUGAAACAAAUCAGGGAUAUGAAUGUGGUUUUGAAUGACACCCGUCAUCUCGCGAUUUAGAUGCUAGAAGGUGGAGCAAUUUAGAACAUACAAUGGAUUUUGUGUACGAAUAACAAAGGAUUCCGAGAUUUGAUUAACUUGACCCUGGAAAGCACAUAUAAAGGCACAAUACAGUGGGAUUUUGUGCUACCAACGUGGGCCAGUAUAAAAAUCGCAGAUAUUGACCAGUUCUGUUCAAAAGAGCCUCAAAGUUGUCGGGCGCAUAAACGAUUUCUCUAUCAUCGAACCUUGCUGAUCAAGACCCAGUUGGAAGAAGUGUGUAAAAUAUUUGCUAUAAUCUGAGCAGUUCUUUAAAGUUACUUAUUUAGCUGAUAUCUUAAGAAUAUCGGAUUUAUAAUCAAAAUCUAAGGAGGAUUUAGUCAUCUGUAACAUUUUUGUUCCAAUCUCGUCUCUUUUCAUUUGGAGCUAUUUGGAACUGGUUGGCACUAGCUGCUGUGAUUCUGGUCACUGGUGCUGCACAAGCUGUUAAAAUCUUCAAUAAUGGCAGGGCAAAAACACCCUUUUGUUGUUUCACUUUUGCCAUUAAUGACAUACUUUACAUGUAUUUGGACAGCAGGAACAUUUAGCCCAAGACAUUACCGUCCUGCAGAAGAAAACAUCACAAGGACUCUCAUUGAUAUGACGCAAGAAAGUCUGCUGCGUUCGUUUGGAAUGGACAUGAAGCGAAAACCAUCCAAAUCGUUCACACCGCACGAUUACAUGAUCGAGGUUUACUCGCUGUUGAGCGGCGAUGGUGAUGUGGCGCGAAGAACCAAAAUUAACACCGUGCGUGGAAUAAUGGACACCGAUAAAAACAAGGAGUCACUUUUUCGAAUACUCCAUCAAAUAUAUCAUUUCGACAUCUCUGGGUUGCCGAAAGAAGAAGAACUGCUUGGAUGCGAAUUUCGGUUACUCUGGAGUCCCUUCAAAGUUGCGUCAAGGUUUCGACGAUGGCGAAACUUCAACCAGAGAAAAUCCUAUCAAUUAGUCUUACUUGGUAUUUUACCUGAUGCCAACGAGUUCAAGACAAACUCGACGGUCUCGAAACGGUUAAAGAUUAUGCGCUUGGCAACUCACAUUUUCGAUCUUACGAUGCCAACCCCAAAGUGGAUCUCAUUCGACAAAAUUGCCAAGUUUUCACAGCUUCUAAAGGACAAAAAUAUCGGUGUUAUGAAGCUUGCGGCGUACGUUGUCGAUAGAAGUAAUGGCAACAUCGUUUCGCCUGAUGAAAUUGGUUUCAACAAAAUGGGUCGAAAAGACAAAGAAAACGGCCUAGUUGUUAUGUUUUCCAACGAUAAAACAAAGAAAAACGAGGAAGAGCAGUUUUUAAAAGGGCGAACGAAACGAGGUGCGCGACGGGGUCGAAGGAAAGAUCGAAAAAGCCACUCAAGACGGCGAAACAAAGCUUUAUGCAGAAGGCGCAAAAUGUAUGUGAAUUUCGAUGAUUUCGGAUGGACAAACUGGAUAAUUGCACCAAAAGGCUACGAGGCAUUUUACUGCCGUGGAAGCUGCGCUUUCCCUAUUCCAGGGCACUUGAAUCCAACAAGUCACGCCGUUAUCCAAAGUACUAUUAGCAGCAUGAACUCACAGUUCAUGAAACCGGCUUGUUGCGUGCCCGAUAAACUAAAAAGCAUAGCAAUGCUAUAUUUAGACACAAACGAUCGAGUAGUCUACCAGAAAAAGGAGGACAUGGUAGUCGUGAGUUGCGCCUGCAAAUAAAUAGGUGCAUUGCGAUCGGAAUCCUGCAGAGGUAAUGAGGCGAUACGAAGCCAGCCGCAACCACCGAUUCGUGUGCAGGGAAGAGCGACCACUCGGCUAUUCAUUCGAGUAGGCAUGAAAUCUCAGGGAUUGUCCAGCACGAACGAGGUACGCCAAGUCAGAUAUUGAUGAAAUACCUACUGAAAUUUGAUGAACUUACGUGAUUCUGUGAAGCGAACAUUGAAAUGGAGCCCAAGACUACCUCUACAAGUGAAGAGGCCUAAACGUUUGGCUCAGGGUCAAUUUCCCUUUAGUUUCCUUGAAUUCAUCGUGCGAACAAGACGGGAGUGUAUGACCAGAAAUAAUGUAAAAUAAAAAUUAGACAGAGUAGUUGUGUAAAGAUAAUCUUAAUAUGUCAGCGCCAGCAGCCUUUCCAAGAACAAAUUCAACUACUUGUGUUGCAAAAGUGAAUUGUUCACCUCAACUCUAUGGGAUAUAUCAGGAAAAUGCGAAGGUGCAUUUAUAUCCCUGAUAAUCCCGUGUUUAGUCGUCAUUUUGAUGCUUGCUUGCUUUUAGAAUAGUUUCCGAUCUCAUUGCAUAGCGAUCACAUUAACGUUCAACAUUUAGGAAAUCGCAUUUUGAUCAAAGAAUUUACAAAAAGAUGUUCCAAGAUAUAGCUACCGACCAUUGGAAUCUUUAUUAUGUCGUGGUCAUGGUGUUUUAUUAGCUCGAUACUAUCGUCCAGGUUGACGUGAGUUUUUUCCAUACAAUGAAGAUUUCGUCAAUCAAUAGUCCCCUGGCAUCUUUCUUCAACAAAAACCGAUCCAUUUUCUUUACGAUGGGACAUUGAUAUUUUUACCCAAAAUGUAUAAAUCAGGAGCUGCUUCUUUGAGGUUGUUUUUCUUUUUGACAUCGUUAUGCAUUGCAGACGUUACAAACUUUUGAGCGUUAGAAAAAACAAACAUGUAAAUUACUUCAGCUGGGUUUUAGCAUCAAAUAUAUUUUGCAUGGUCUUUACGUAAAGUUGUGACCCCACCUUUUUCCUUGUACAUCAAACAAAAUGGGAAAGCUAUAGCUGUAAGUAGGAAUGGUGUUAGAGUUCACCCUUGUACCAACCCUAUUCACACUCGGUGAAUAGGAUUUGCAUUCACAUUCGGUUAAUCAAAAGGAAUUACAGCCCAAGUUCCAGAUACUUUAGUGCCAUAUCUGUAGCACCAGGUACCUUAGUUUCUUCAAGGAAAUGUCAAUGUUUCAAUCCUUUUUUGCUCAUAACCAUUUUUGACGUCACGUUUUAACUUAUUAUCAAUGAUGUGGUUUUGAACAUCCACUCGAGUAGUACUAAAACCCACAAAGCCUCCCUCUUUAUCGACCAGAAGCAAUUUUUCCGAGGGCAAUAUACGCACUUAGUUUAAUCAUGAGGCCGUAACUGCCUAUUUUGUGGCUUUAGGUCCAAACAAGGAAGGCAGAAGCUGGUAGUCUCUGUGUUUCUGGGCAGCCAUCCCUUCAUUUUGAAUAUUUAUACACUGUGAAAAUAAGUAAAUUGUAAUAAUUAGAGUCCAUCGGGAUACGACCAAAGAUUUCGUAAUGGAAAAUUCGCGCAUUUGUAUCUGUAUUAUCGGUGUACCGUAUUAUUAACGCUAAUAAUCAUCAAAGAUAAAUUAUGAAAUAUUCGUAUGGAGCA